AUGCACAUUACCGAUAUCCCCUACGAAAUCCUGUCUAAGAUCCUUGAGGAAGCAGCCAAAGCCAAUAUACGCGAUGGCCCGACCUACACUUUCGGGCUGUCCCAGCCGCCCAUGCCUGGCCGCAGGGCGUCUCUCCAGCGCUUCGUGAGAGGACCCGUCCCGACUGAGAUGCUUCGAUGGGACGCCACUUCUGCGAUGCGCCUGGUCUGCUGGCAAUGGCACGAGUGGGCCUUGGAGUAUGCCCUCAAAGAUGUCUACAUUCGCCGCUGGAAAGGCGGAGAGCGAUGGGCCGAACUGUCCUGCCGCCGCGAGAACUAUGGCCUAUACGAGCUCAUCGACAAGCCCACCGGCACCGCCGUCUACCGCGACCCCUUCGGCUCUCUGAAGCAAACCGUCAAGACGUUCAACGAGUUCCCGGGCGUAGCUGCUAAGAUUAAGCGCAUGUGGUUCCACGGAUUUUACACUGCCCAGACCGAUCGCAUGGUUUUCGAGUCGCUGCGGAACUGCAUGAAUCUGACAUCUGUGACGCUUCCUUGGACUACCAUCCGCCACCUCGAUGCAUCUGCAUGGCGGACCCUUCUUUUGGGCAGCGGAAAGCCGCUUGAAUCUUUGGAAUUGAUGGCGACAGACCCGACCUCGCAGCAAGCGGCCGAGGCAGAGAACCAGAUGGAUUUGGAGCCGCUCCAGUCCGUCAAUUUCGGCAUGCUCCGACGUCUGAAGAUUUUUGGCGACACCACUUUCAUGCCCAUCACAGAUCGCGAUCUGUUCGAUAUUACGCGCACGGCGACACAUCUGGAGGAAUUCUACAUGACCUGCAUCUCCACCAUUACCAUCGACGGCGUCGUGGCUAUCGUGAAGGCUGCGCACAACACCCUCCGAGUUCUUGAGCACAGCCCGCGGUCACAGGAUGGCUUCUGGCAUCCUCACCCCGGCUCUCCUUCCGAUUCUGAGCACCUCUGCGAGCUUUUCCGAAGCUGCCCGAAGCUGGAAACGCUAUCGAUUUCUUUGCCUUCUGUGUGCGCAGAUUUGUUUUCCGACCAGAACGCGAAGUUCAACGGCGAUCUCCAAGUGCGAGCCCUGCAUCUGUGCGGACACGAGGACGGCCGCUCCACGCAAGAGGCCGCUACGGACUUGGAGAAGCUGCUUCAGACCUCUCGCGAAUUUGUGAGUCGCAAAGCUGCCAGCAUUGUUCCCAAGGAUCUCUAUGUGGAGCUUUUCUUCGCGGACUGCAUUUUCGAACCCAGCUUGAAGCUGGUACACGGCGAUUUCUCUCUUGCCGAAUUAUCUUCCAAUGGUACAUGGCCAGGCGCCCUGAACUACAGCGGAAAAGGACCCUAUGGAUCUACUGGCUUGUACGAGAAGGAAGAGGAGGGACCUUUCCAAAGCAUGGACGAGAGCGACUUCUUGGCUGGCGUCCGACGCCGAUUCCUUUCUAUAUCGACUUAA